UUUCUAACGAUUCAUUAUCAAUUUCCGUAGACCGAUUUCACUACUUACAUAACAAGUAAAGUUCUGAGUGCGUAGUGUAUAUAUAUAUACUUGUGUAUAUGUAUGUGUGAUGAAGUCAAUUACCGUUUAUCUUUUCUGAUAUGUGAAGAGCACACAUGGCAAAUUUAGAAAAAAUAAAAACUAUUUGGAGAAUUGCUGAUGCAAUAACUUUUGACGUAGACUCUACUGUCAUCAAAGAUGAGGGCAUAGAUGAACUUGCCAAAUUUUGUGGCAAAGGCAAACAAGUUACUGAAUUAACAAAGCAAGCAAUGCAAGGAAAUAUGACAUUUCAACAAUCUCUUUCAGUAAGAUUAGGUAUUAUAAGACCUAGUAUAACACAGAUUAAAGAAUUUAUACAAGUACAUCCUCCACAGCUUACUCCGGGAAUAAAAAAUUUGGUAAAAGCAUUGCAUUCACAUAAAAAAGAAGUAUUUCUUGUUUCUGGAGGAUUCCAUUGUUUAAUACGUUCGGUUGCAGAACAACUUAAUAUACCAUCCAAAAAUAUUUAUGCAAAUAGACUUAAAUUUUAUUUUACAGGAGAUUAUGCGGGUUUUGACGAAAAUGAACUGACAUCAAAAAGUGGUGGUAAAGCUGAAGUUAUUCGUCUUCUGAAAGAAGAAAGAGGAUUUGAAACUAUUGUUCAUGUUGGAGAUGGCGCAACAGAUUUAGAAGCUUCUCCUCCAGCAGAUGCAUUUAUAGGUUUCGGAGGAAAUGUAAUUAGAGAAAGUGUUAAAUUAAAUUCAAAAUGGUUUGUUACAACUUUUGAUGAACUUAUAAAUAAUUUGUAA